UAUCAAGCUUGUAUAGUGCAUUUAUUUAUCUAUAUAAUUUAUAUAAGAAUGCUUUAUUUUGUCUUCGGUCGCUGCCAAUCAGUCCUUUAAGAGACGAAAUGCAGGACGAGAAUGAAUUAGAGCAAAACUCCGAAAACUGGUCCUGGUGGCCAUCUUGGCGGCCGACAUCUAUGUCUCUGCUGAAGAGUUGUGAAGCCAAAAUUCUUGCCUGUAUACAGAAUGACGUGUGGUCCCGAUUUGUAACGCUGCCCAAUCAAAACAGAAUAUGGACCCUCACUGUGACCAACAAAGCAGCACACAAAACUUCAGACCAAGCCUCUCAAAUGCCUCUUGUGAUGGUCCAUGGCUUUGGAGGAGGAGUUGGUCUGUGGGUCCGAAACCUGGACGCACUCAGUCGCUCACGGCCCGUCUACACCUUCGACCUGCUUGGUUUUGGGAGGAGUUCCCGCCCUGCAUUUCCUAAUGAUGCCUCGUUAGCCGAAGAGCAGUUUGUCAGCUCUAUAGAGCAAUGGAGGCAAAGCAUGGGUUUGGAGCGUAUGAUCCUUCUGGGCCACAGCCUUGGAGGUUACCUGGCAUCAUCAUAUUCCAUCCAGUACCCUGAAAGAGUGAGUCACCUCAUCCUGGUAGAUCCCUGGGGCUUCCCAGAGAGACCUCAGGUUCAGCAGGAUGGGUCAUCUGGUCAGAAUUCAGAAAUCAAAAGACCAGGUCCUCCACGCUGGGUGAAAGCAGCCGCAUCUGUAUUGAGCUAUUUCAACCCUCUGGCCAUCGUCAGAUUAGCAGGACCGUGGGGUCCAGGGCUUGUAAAAAGAUUUCGGCCUGAUUUUAGAAGCAAGUUUGAGGACCUGUUUGAUGAUAACACUAUGGCGGAGUAUCUGUAUCACUGUAAUGCUCAAACACCCAGUGGUGAGGUUGGAUUCAGAGCCAUGUGUGAAUCACUGGGCUGGGCAAAGAAACCCAUGAUAAAAAGAGUAAACCUGCUGCCGCCCUCGAUGCCCAUCACGCUGGUUUAUGGUGCACGCUCCUGGGUGGACAGCAACAGCGGGACACAUGUUGCCAACAUCAGAGGGCAGAGCCCCACACAGGUGGUGUUGAUCGAUGAUGCUUCUCAUCACGUAUAUGCAGACCAACCUGACAAGUUCAACCAAGUAGUGGAGAACAUCUGCAACACUGAACAAUGAAUUUUGAACUACACGUCUAAUCGUGAUCGUUUGUCUGUUUGAGUGUGAGAGAAAGAACAGGAAAAAAAAAAUGUGCCAGUCUAGAUUGUGAGUGUUUCAUAUUGAGACCUCUGUAUUAAAAAAAAAAAAAAAAAAAGAAUAUUUCAAGAUUCCCACAUUUAUGCUUAAACAAAUCUGUUCCACCAACUUUUUAGAAUCAGUCAAAAAUCGGUGCUUAAGGUCACUUUAGCUGACAUUGCUGAAGUUAUCACUAAAGAGUGACUUUAGGGUCAAAGUCUCUGUUGCCCCAGUGUGUAAAGAUAGUUUUUCAUUAUAAUUGCCAGUUUUGGUCGACAGCUGGUGCAAAAAAACAGUGAGAGGGCAGGGAGAGGUUGUUCAUGCCAUUUAGGAGAAAAGCCAAUAAAUCAUCUAAUUAUUUCCUUUUAUUUGUAAUAUUGCCGUAGUAGUUUUGGGGUGUAUGCCCAUCCUGAGGUAUACUACUCUUUAGCUGUAAAUAAGCUCCAUUAAUUAAAACAGACCUGUCAUUUUAUACUAACUACACAAUCUACUUUAAAGCAAAAUUUGUUCUCAUGCUUCAUUUACGCACAAACGUUCACAUCUUUCCUUCCUCACAUUUGGUUUUAGUGGACUUGUAUAUGACGCACAUUGUUGGUGACUAAGAAGCAUUUUUAAACACAGUUCUGCUCUGUAAAAUCUUUUACUUAUUUUGUGCCAUAAUUGCUCAAUUCUCAAUUGCUUUAUAAGAAAUUUAAAAAUGUAAGAAAGGUUGACUUCUAAUAUGUUAAUUUAAUUUUGUAUUUAUCUUUGAGUCUGCAGUCUGUUUUGAUUUGAUUUGCAUGUGACUAUUUUUAUUGAUGUUUUAUUUGCUAGCCAACAGUAUGUCCUUCACUCAUUUAUUAAAUAAUCCUCGAUUGUAAGAUUUAAUUGUAUUUUAUAACAAUAUUAAAAUCCAGGUUUGUAUGCUGUA